CUCUGCUAUCGGGCGCCGAUCAGCCCAGCGGAUCCGCCCCCACGCUCCUGGGUUGUUCACUCUCUCCGACCUUCUGGCAUCAGGGACAGGCCAGGACUGAGUCCGGCUGAUGGGCCACACUGGGAGCUCGUCACCAAGGGACCCCCGACACGUUCAUUCAGGGCUAGCUGCCUCUCUCUGUCCCCUCCCAAGACCUCCAGCGCUUCGCUGGGCGUCACGCCGACCGCCGAGGCGCCUCGCAGGGAGGAUGAGCACUUGCGAGUGGUGGGUGCUUGCUGCCAUCUCAGCUGUCACCUUGAUCCUAUACGCUCUCCUCUUGCUGACACUUUACAUCAUGCUCAGCAGGAAAAUAGCCAGCCAUUCCUGCAGCAAGCAGGCGAGCAGCAGCCCUGCAGCACAGCCCCAGCAGCCUCUGACCUCUUCAGCGGGAGGGGAAGGGGUACAAAGACCGACCUACAUGGGGAGCAGCGACACGUCUUCAGAGACCUCGGAUGACUCGGACAGCAGCCCCUCCAGCCCGCAGGGCCCUCGCUCAGAAAAGCUCAAUUACACCUCCCUGGUUUUCCCGGGGAAAGGCUGCGGGCCAGGCUCCACCAGCGACUACGAGAACAUGAAGACCGGGGCGGACUACGUCAACGUGGACCCAAAGAAGAAGAAAGCAGAUUUCUGGACCUGCUCCAGCCCCGUGGCAUCCAAGUCCAUCGAGUACACCGAGGUGAAGCUGUGACACCCAGGAUGCUGCUGGCAGGGUUUCGGGUCAGACCGCCGCCGGGACGGGGAGAUGCCCGAAGCCCCCGGCAGCCACACGACCAGGGCUUCCCCUUCCCCUCGCCUCGGUCAGCGCCUGGCACCGGCUGACGCCUGCCAGCUUUUAUUCCUUGUAACACUCUAACCCGCUGAUACAAUUUGCUUGGUAUUUUACUUAAAUGCAUCACUGUUCCUGAAGGCUGCUGAGUGUGGGAUGGCGCAGAGAAGCGUUCCUCCUACCCAGGCUGAAAUGUGCUCUCCAGUUUUGUGUGACAGCCCUUUUUCUCAUUUCAUGAAAGCAAAUGAAACAUCCCCCCCUGCCCCUCAAAAUGGGAUGUAGUUCGGGGAGGGAAACGCAGUGAUCUUCAAAAUAUCCACCCAAACUGGCUGGCAGCUCCUCUGAAUGAAGCUUUCUUUGCUGAUCGCUGUCAUAAAAUACUUUUAUAUACGGUUCCUCCACCAGCUUUGCUCUCGCUGCCCAACAAGCCCUGACUCAUCACCCUCCCCUGCAGCCCUUUUCCACUGAUGCUCAAAAUCUUUCCAAGUCCCCAUCACUCCCAGAACUGUCACUGGGGCUGGGGUGGCUGCGCAGGCAGCUUGACCUCCCCGAACAUGCAUCAGAGUUUCCUCCCCCAGCUGAAAGCCAUAGUCGUCAGCCCAGCUGGCAAACAGCCGAUGGAUUCCCAGGGGAUUUAUAUCCCCCCUCCUCAGCUGGGGAACAGGGGUUGGCUGCUGGUCCCCUUGGGCUGUGAGGGGCACAGGACUGGACCACAGGUCUCCAUGUGAGUGUAGGCAAGUGGAAUCCCACUGUGUCUUGUGGGGAGAGGCACUAUUCCCUGUUUCCCAGCUUUUGCUUUUCCUGCUUUGUUCCUGCACCGAAUGCCCUGGGUGCAGGAGCCGGCCCCUCCUCGCCUGAGCGAUGCCUGCACCCAGCAGAGCUGCAGCGGGGUGGUCAGUGCCCUGGGCUGGGGCACAUGCUGCUUGCCCCCCCCCUGUGAUCUGGCACCAUGUUUCACAUUUUCCUUAAGUAUUGGUUUAAUUUCCAGGGGACUUGAAGUAGAGCACUGCAAUUUUCUUUAACAAAACUGAGUUGGGGGCCUUCCAGCUUGCAGAGAUAAGCUUGGGAUUGUGAACUGAAUAUGCUUGAAGGCUGUUAUCUUCUCAGAGGUGCUGUUUCCCCUGCUUGACAGUGAUUAUAUUUGUCAGGUCACCUUCAUGCUCCCGAGGUCCAGGAGAGCCAGUGCCUGGCCAGCCCUGCUCACGGCUGGGGCUCGCUGCCCUCGCUCUGCUGCAGCAAAUCGCUGCUGCAAAUGGAGCCGGUUCCUUCCUAUCACUCUGCAUUUUGUUACUUAUGAUUUUUCAAGAAAUAACUUUCAACGUGCUGGGAAAGGGGAACUGUGCAAUAGCUGGGAGCUCUGUUAGGGGGAUGGAGCCGCUGUCUCCCAGCACAGCCCCCCUCCAUCAGGGAUGGAGCUGCCCCAAGUGCAUUUCAAAUCGGCUCAGCCGCGAUGUGCUUUAAUGAAAGGUUGUGAGACAAUUGAUUUAGUAUCGAUCCUGGGGGCGUCAGGCACUCUUGGGUUUAUGACCUCGUUGUGCAGAUCUGGCCCAACUUGAAGGGCACAUGAAGGAAAAUGUUCAAAACCCCAAACAAUCUCUGGGAAACUUUGCUAAAGGCCAGGAGAGGUGCGUUAAUGGAACUGGAAAUGAGGUCAAAAGCAGCUAGUGGGAGUUUCUGGAAAAACUGAUUCAAAUGCUUGGUGAUUAAAAAGUGAAAAUAAUUUAA